AUGAAGGAUCUUUCCAUUUUUCUCCUCCUCUUGUUUCUCUCUGUCCUGGGAGAGGUUAAAACUGGCCAAGCUCAAAAUACCGACGUUUACAUCGUGUACAUGGGGGCCACCGCUUCAAAAAAUACCACCUUGAGAGAUGAUCAUGCUCAGCUUCUGACCUAUUUGUCAAAAAGAAAACGAAACGCCUUGGUGCACAUAUACAGACAUGGAUUCUCGGGAUUCGCGGCUCGCCUGAGCGAGGAAGAGGCGAGCUCAAUCGCGAUGAGGCCAGGGGUAGUCUCGGUGUUUCGCGAUACGGUUCUGAAACUACACACGACCCGUUCAUGGGAUUUCCUCGAGAACCAGAACGAUCUAACAAUUGAUCCGGGGCGCGGUUCCGAUUCCGUGUCGUCGUCUUCUCAGGAAUACGACACCAUCAUUGGCAUCUUGGACACAGGUAUUUGGCCGGAGUCGCAGAGUUUCUCCGAUGAAGGUAUGGGUCCGGUACCGUCGCGGUGGAAAGGAACGUGCAAGGCAGGCCCAGAUUUCUCCUCUUCCCUCUGCAACAGGAAACUGAUCGGAGCGAGGUCCUACAUCAACCCCGACACGGGAGACACGGAAGGCACGCCAAGGGACGUGGUUGGUCACGGCACUCACGUCGCGUCGACGGCGGCCGGAGCGUCGGUCGCCGGAGCAUCAUACUACGGCCUCGCCUCCGGCACAGCCAAAGGCGGGGCACCCCCCGCAAGAAUUGCCGUCUAUCGUGUGUGUUCGUCAGAAGGAUGCAUGGGCUCUGCCAUACUAGCCGCAUUCGACGACGCUAUCGCCGAUGGCGUUGACGUGCUGUCGUUGUCGAUCGGCGCGUCUUCACAGUCAGCGCUGGAUUUAUCGUCGGACCCGAUCACGAUCGGAGCGUUUCACGCUGUCGAGAAGGGGAUCACGGUGGUCUGCUCCGCCGGGAAUGAAGGACCUCAGACAAAAACCGUUGUGAACACUGCUCCAUGGAUUUUGACAGUGGGCGCCACGACGAUAGACCGAGAUUUUGAGUCAAAUGUUCAGCUGGGUAACAAUAAAGUGAUCAAGGGUAGAGCCAUACACUUUGGAGACCUAAAGAACAGUCCCGUCUAUCCCUUGAUCCACGGGAUGGAUGCCAAAGCAGAGAACGAUGUUCCGGACCAAGAUGCAAGAAACUGUAACCCGGUUACACUAAACGGGGCAAAAGUGAAGGGGAAGAUAGUGGUGUGCGAAAUCGACGAUGAUUAUUACACUGACGAUGACAAAGUCGAGGAAGUUAUGGGUCAAGGUGGGAUCGGCGCUAUCCUCCUUCACAAUCAUGCAACUGCCGUAGCCUCUACUUACAGAUCUUUUCCCGUUUCUAUUAUCCCUUCCAAUGCCUCUGACCUACUCGCAUAUUUGAACUCCACCAGCAACCCGGUCGGAACAAUUCUUCCAACUGUGUCCGUGAUUAAGCAAAAGCCGGCUCCUCCUGAUGUGGUGGCACCAGGGGCAAACAUUCUUGCAGCAUGGCCUGGAAAUGACACGUCGGAGGCGCUCGAGGGCAAGGACCCCCCUCUGUUUUAUGUGCUUUCGGGGACUUCUAUGUCGUGCCCACACGUCUCCGGGAUUGCAGCCACUGUGAAAUCUCAGUUCCCGGCAUGGACUCCUUCCGCCAUCAAGUCAGCCAUAAUGACAACCGCUUCGCAAACGAACAACCUGAAGGCCCCGAUAACAAAUGAUGAAUCUGGAUUGGUUGCCACACCUUUCGAUUAUGGUGCAGGGCUAGUCACCACAGCAGGACCAUUACAACCCGGGUUAAUCUACGAGACCAGCACAAUUGACUUCCUGUUGUUUCUCUGCGACUUUGGGUAUAACACAUCCGAGAUAAAGCUCAUCUCAGCAGAAAUUCCUGAUGGAUUUUCUUGUCCGCCUAACCCAAGCGCAGAUUUGAUCUCCAACAUGAAUUACCCGUCAAUAUCCAUAUAUAAUUUUGAUGGAAAAGCGAGCAAAAAUGUCACCAGAACUGUCACAAACGUUGGCAGUGAUGAUGAAACAAUCUACACAGCAACCAUGGAGAUCCCUGCUGGGUUGGAAGUCAAGGUGGUACCUGAAAAGCUGCAGUUCACGAAGAACACUAAGAAACUAAGCUACCAAGUGAUUUUCACACCAGCUGCAUCUUCAUCAAAUGCAGACUAUUUGUUCGGGUCACUUACUUGGACCAAUGGGAAGUACAAAGUCCGGACCCCUUUUGUCGUCAGUGCCAAAAAUUAA